CACUGAACUCUUGUUCCUCUUCAACUACUUGCCUCUUUACCCAUUCAGUCACAUUAACAACACAUAUCACUCUUCACCCAACAGAAUCUAUACCAUUUUCAUUUUUCUCUCUUCUUCACUUUGAAUCUAAGGAGAAGUUUCAACGAAAGUCUCGUCCAGAAACAAAUCUUUGAUAUAAGAAUCACCAUCUUCUCAAUAAUUCCUUUUCUUUCUUUCUUUCUCGUAACCCAUCAUGUUAAAAGCUUUUCUUUACUCUUUAUUCCUCCUCACACUCUCUACCACCAUGUUUACUUCUUUCCAUUUUUAAAUUUUAUCUUCUUUUACUUUCUCUUUUUCCCCUUAAAUCCUUAACUUUUCAUGUCUUUUUGGAAGAUUUCCCCAUAAAAAGCCUUUGGAACGAAUACCCAUCCUAAAGCUUUACCCUUCUUCUUCUUUACGAUUCUCUUUAUAUUACAAAACUCAGCCUAUUUGUUCCUUAACCAAACACAUUCAUUUCUUUCUCAUAAGAAACACAAUGGAACAACAACAUCAUCAUCAUCAGCAGCAACAACAACCUAGUAUCCUAUGCAAAUACACAGAACAUCACACAGUUACAAAAAAACUCAUCACAACUAAGAAAACCGCAAACAGCAACAAAACAAACUCAACUAUAUACCCAAGAGUCGUGCAAAUAUCAGUCACCGACCCGGAUGCCACUGACUCGUCCAGCGACGAAGAAGAAAGUUUCUCCAGAAAAAGAACAAAGCGUUAUAUCCACCGUGUUGAAAUCGAAACCGCCGCUAAAGCCGUCGUUAAUCGAAAAAGACCUGCCGGAGAAGCAUCUACUGUUAAAAGGCCGGCGAAAGUUCCUGUUGUCAUCAGUGGUAGAAAGUUCCGUGGUGUACGGCAGAGGCCAUGGGGGAAAUGGGCUGCUGAGAUUCGCGAUCCUGCUCGGAGAGUACGGCUUUGGUUAGGUACUUUCGAAACUGCAGAAGAAGCUGCUAUGGUGUACGACAAUGCCGCCAUUAAGCUUCGUGGACCCGAUGCUUUGACAAACUUUAUCACACCGCCGCAGAGAGAAAACCCGGUAGAACCAGAACCCUCCGCCGUUAAAACUGAAAUGAAGGUAAUCAUCGACGCCGACACCGACAACAACGCAGAAGCUUCUGGUUCUGGUAACUCCGGUUAUGAUUCCGGCGAAGAUCGUUGUGUUCCUCUCUCUUCACCCACUUCAGUUUUAAAUUUCCGAACUAACUCCGGCGAGUCGGAGGAGCAAAACCAAGUAUGUGAAGUUUUCAGGGAAUGUCAAGGUGAGACUAACUUGUUAGACGAAACGGCGUCGUUUUUUGAACACGAGUUUCCUAUGCCUUGUUGGGACGACUUGUUCAACUUCGAAACACCAGAGUUUCCUAUGAUGUUUGAAGAAGAACAAAACACAAUGUUUGGGGAAAGUACGACGCCGUUUUUGUGUGACCAAGAAUUAAACGACAGCAUUGUUCUUGCUGACUCACUCAUAGAUUUCGACAAAGCUUGUUUCUCUUCUCCUUCUUCAUCGUUAUGCCAAGUGGAUGAUUUCUUCCAAGAUAUUUUGUUAGGCUCGGAUCCUCUAGUUGUCCUUUGAGAACAGAACACACUACACACCCACGGUUUCAUCUUUCAAGACUCUCAAGUUUUCGUUGGUUACGGCGAUUUUGCUCCGGUGACAUAACAACAACAACAACAACAAAAAAUAUAAAAUAAAAUUAGUUAAUUUAUUUAUGAUUUGUUUUAUUUUAUACACUCUAAAGAGUGAUGGUUGUGUGAAGUUUUGUUUAAAUUUAAAUUCUACUUGUAACAGCACUUUUAAUUUUGUCUAAUAAUUAGGAUGGUUGAGGAAUAUUAAUGUGUAUGUAUACUCAAGUUUUGUUUAAGCUAAUGCAAUUUGGUAUUAUCAUCUUUAACUAUUAUAAGUUUCAAGUUUAUGCUUUAGUGCCUUGGCACGAUUGUGAAAAUAUUGAAGGGAAGGAAAGAAGGUGAAGGGACGGUGAUUGCGGUUUUGGGCGGUGGUUGUUGAUGGUUAAAGAAGAUUGUUUUGUUUUGUUAAUGAAUGUGAAAUUAAGACUUUAAUGGUGUUUUUGUGAUGUUUAAAACGUUGUUUGGAAUGUAGUUAUGCACGCGGGGUUAGUAUAAAAAUGAAAUGUUGGAAGCUUUAGGACCCAUGCUGGAAAGAAAGUUUUAAAGGGAAGAAGUGUGCGUGUGUAUAGUGUACAUCAAAAGGUGAGCUGCAGAA